UUAAAUUUCCCGACGAACAAAAACACCUUCAGACAUCCCCUUUCUUGAAAAUUUUGAUUCUUUUUCUUUUGCAGCUUUAUCGAUCCACAGGAUUGUUUACAGCAGGAUCGAUGGAGGAGUCAGCACAAAGAAAAGAAAGACUAAAAGCCAUGCGUAUGGAAGCUUCACGCGGGGCAGCAACUCAUAAUGGUGGGAGUGAUCAUUCAGCUGUUAGUCUAUCCAAUCCUCUUGUUGAAUCCACAGCCAACUCCAACACUCAGGGGCACACGUUUGCUCAGAGCUUUAACUAUUACACGGACCCAAUGGCAGCGUAUUCUGGGAACAAGCAGAGUAGCAAGGUCAGCCCUCAGAUAUCACAAGACUAUUCAUCAACACCUCAAAGGCCCUGGACCAAUGAAAUGUAUCCCUUACCUUCUUUCCAACCCCAUAUAAACCACCCGCCACGUCCACAAAUGCAGCAACCCCAUGGACAGUAUGUGAACCCGAGCUAUGCUUAUACAUCCAACAGACCACAAAGCGGUAAUUUCCCCAACCCAAACAUUGAUUAUCAAAAUAUGAGUUGGAACAGAAAUAGUCCUCGCCCUGGAAGUUACGAUGGUCCAGGAAGUGUCGGCUACCCUAGUCCGCAAUCCCACUUUACCAGUGGUCCAGCCCAUGGUUCAGGACAAGGUGGCUACCCUAGUCCCCGCUUCACCAACAGCCCAGGUAAUGGUUCAGGACAAGGCUACCGGAUGCCUGCACCUCAAUUCAGGAAUAGUUCCCACUAUGGCCCUGGUCAAGGAGGGUACCCCACUAGUUCUAAUCAAGGCAGAGGUCAGUGGCGCGGAAAUAACAUGAGCCAGGAUCCAAGUUAUGGGAGAGGUAAGGGUCAGUGGUCAGGACCGCGUGGAGGACGAGGACGGGGCCGGGGAAGGGGUGGAGCCCAUGAUCAUGUGUCAGCAGAAGAUGAGCCUGGUCUUUUCUUCCACAAGUCAAUGGUGGAAGACCCAUGGAAGUCUCUAGAACCUGUAGUUUGGAAGUCACAGAAGCAGCAAUGGUUCCCACAUUCUGUUAAUUCAAAGAAACCUAGAGUUUCAGAACCUCCAAGACAGCAGCAGCAAUCUAGUUCUCAACCUAGCCUUGCAGAAAUGUUGGCUGCAUCAUUUAACGAAGCAACAAAUGAUGGAUCCAAUAAGGAAUGAGUAUUAUAGGGUUGUGAAAAGGUAUUUUUUUUCUUUCCUUUUGUAUGAAUUUGUUUAUCAAAAUUUGAUGUGAUCCUAUCGGUUCAAUAUGGCUUAA